AUGGUACAAGGUAUUCAAAUUUCAAUUGAUAGAGGUGGAACAUUUUGUGAUGUUAUAGCAAAAAUUCCAAAUGAAAAAGAUUAUGUUUUUAAACUAUUAUCAGUUGAUCCUCAAAAUUAUAAGGAUGCUCCAACUGAAGGUAUUAGAAGAAUUUUAGAAAAAGUAAAUUCAACCACAAUUCCUAAAGAUUCAAAGUUAAAAUUAGAUCAAAUUCAAAGUAUUAGAAUGGGAACAACAGUUGCAACAAAUGCAUUAUUAGAAAGAAAAGGAGCAAAAGUAUUACUUAUUACUACAAAGGGUUUCAAAGAUGUAUUAGUUAUAGGAAAUCAAACAAGACCAAAUAUUUUUGAUUUAACUGCAAAAAAAUUAGGACAUUUAUAUCAUAAAGUUUUGGAAAUUGAUGAAAGAGUAACUAUAGCUGGAUUUUCUGAAGGUGGUGGUGACAAAUUAAAAAUUGAAACUAAAGAAGAUCCUGAAUUGAAAGAAAGUGUAACUGGUGAUAUUGUACGAAUUAUAAAAAAACCUAAUUAUGAUUUAAUCAAAGAACAAUUGCAAAACAUAUAUGAUGAAGGAGAAAUUAAAACUAUAGCAUUGUCAUUGUUGCAUGCUUAUGCUUAUCCAGAACAUGAAGCUAAAGUUGCCAAAAUAGCCAAAGAUAUUGGAUUUACAGUUUCUGUGUCUCAUGAACUACAACCAAUGAUUGGAUUUGUUAAUAGAACAUCAUCAACAGUCGCAGAUGCUUAUUUAUCACCAGUUAUAGAUGAAUAUAUACAAAAUUUUGGUGCUGGAUUCGAAGGUGGUUUAAAUGCUUUUGGUAAUAAGUUGUUAUUUAUGCAAUCAAAUGGUGGGCUAUGUCCUUGGUAUAAAUUUACUGGUUUGAAAGCUAUCUUAUCUGGCCCAGCUGGUGGUAUGGUUGGAUUUGGAGAAACUUGUUAUGAUGAUAUUACUGAAAGAGCCACGAUUGGAUUUGAUGCUGGUGGUACAUCAACUGAUGUCUCGAGAUUUGCAGGGUCAUUUGAGCACAUAUACGAAACUGUUGUUAGUGAAAUCAAUUUGCAAACACCUCAAUUGGAUAUAUCAACUGUUGCUGCUGGUGGUGGUUCAAUGUUAUUUUGGAAAAACAAUAUGUUUGUCGUUGGACCCGAAUCUGCUGGUUCUGAUCCUGGUCCUGCUUGUUAUAGAAAAGGUGGUCCAUUAACAGUUACAGAUGCAAACUUAUUGUUGGGAAGAUUACUUCCGGAUCAUUUUCCAAAAAUAUUUGGACCAAAUCAAGACCAACCUUUAGAUUAUGAUAUUGUGAAAGAAAAAUUUGAAAAAUUAACUAGAGAAAUCAAUUUGGAUCAAGCAACCACAGGAAACAUUUUAAGUCCUGAACAAGUAGCUAGUGGGUUUUUAAAAGUUGCAGUUGAAUCAAUGGCUAGACCUAUAAGAAAUUUAACUGAAGCAAAAGGUCACGAAUCGGCCUCUCAUAAUUUAGCAUCUUUUGGUGGCUCUGGUGGUCAAUUUGCAGUUCCUUUAGCUAAAAAUUUAGGAAUUACCAAAAUUGCAGUUCAUAAAUAUUCAUCAUUAUUAUCAGCAUAUGGAAUUCAUUUGGCAGAUAUUGUAAUUGAGAAACAAUCUCCAGCUUCUUUGGUAUAUGAGAAACUGAGCUUAAAAAUUCUUUUUGACAAGAUAAAGCAAUUAAUCAUAGACGCUGAAAAGGAUUAUCAUGAUCAAAAAUUAACUCAAUUCAAAACAAGAACGGAAGUUUACUUAAAUAUGAGAUAUGUUGGAAGUGAUACCCAUUUGUUGAUUCAAUCAAAUAUUGAUGAGAUAGAUGCUGAUGAGAAAUUUAUUUCCAGACACAAAUCAGAAUUUGGAUUUAAUCUAGAUCGAAAAGUUUUAGUUGAUGAUGUUCAAGUAUUAUUAAUUGUUGAAUCCGAUGAUAAAGAAAAACACAAUCCGUAUGAAGAGUUUAAAAAUUUGACAACUUCGAGUGCACCUCCGGCAAAUAUAAUUCAAAAAGUUUAUUUUGAAAUUCAAGGUUGGUUAGAUACAUCUGUUUAUGCAUUGUCAGAAUUGAAAAAGGGUGCUAUCAUUCCUGGUCCUGCUAUUAUAAUCGACGAUACUCAAACCAUUAUUGUUGAACCAAGGUCAAAAGCUGCUAUAAUUUCGAAUCAUAUUUUGAUAGAUGUUGAACAAGAAGAGAAACCACAGCUCUCAAAAUUCAAUGUAGAUCCAGUUCAAUUAUCAGUUUUUGGUCAUCGAUUUAUGUCAAUUGCUGAGCAAAUGGGUAGAACAUUACAACAAACUGCUAUAUCAACGAAUAUAAAGGAGAGAUUGGACUUCUCAUGUGCAAUCUUUGAUCACAACGGAGAUUUGAUAGCUAAUGCUCCACAUAUACCAAUUCAUUUAGGUUCAAUGUCAUAUGCUGUUAAAGCUCAAUUGGAGAUUUGGAAAGGUAAAUUAAAACCAGGAGAUGUUUUAGUAUCUAAUCAUCCAAAAGCUGGUGGAUCUCAUUUACCUGAUAUUACGGUCAUAACCCCUGUUUUAAAUGAUAAAAAUGAGCCAAUAUUCUGGACAGCGUCAAGAGGGCAUCAUGCUGAUAUCGGUUCAAUUGCUGCUGGUUCAAUGCCACCUAACUCAAAAACAAUUUAUGAUGAAGGUGCUGCAGUUAUUACUCAUAAAUUAUGCUCGGAAGGAAAAUUUGAUGAGGAAGGAGUGAUAAGAAUAUUGGUCGAUGAACCUGCAAAACAACCAGGUGGAUCAGGUACAAGAACAUUAAGUGAUAACAUUUCCGAUUUAAAAGCUCAAGUUGCUGCAAAUUAUAAAGGUAUAGUUUUGUUGCAAAAAUUAGUUGAAGAUUUUACAUAUGAUGUUAUUAAACUUUAUAUGGGUGGUAUUCAAUCAACUGCUGAAAUCGCAGUUAGGAAUUUAUUAAAAUUAGCAUAUGCAAAAUUUGGAUCAAAAGAAUUGAAAGGUAUUGAUUAUAUUGAUGAUGGUACAGCUAUAGCUUUAACUGUUACUAUUGAUCCGGAAAGUGGAUCCGCAUUGUUUGAUUUUACUGAGACUGGUGAUGAAAUUUAUGGCAAUUUAAAUGCUCCGACUGCUAUCUUGUACUCAGCCGUGUUAUAUGUUUUGAGAUGUUUGAUAAGUACAGAUAUACCGUUAAAUAAUGGCUGUUUGAGACCAAUCAAAUUCAAAACUAGAGAUGGAUCAUUAGUAGCACCAUCUUAUGAUGCAGCUGUUGUAGGUGGUAAUGUUGAAACAACUCAAAGAAUUGUUGAUGUAAUGUUGAAAACUUUUGAAGCAGCAGCUGGUUCACAAGGUACAUGUAACAAUCUAACAUUUGGAGUGAGUGAUAAAGAAAAUGGAAUUUCAUUUGGUUAUUACGAAACAAUUUGUGGAGGUUCAGGAGCAGGCCCAACUUGGGAUGGUCAAUCAGUAGUUCAAUGUCAUACAACAAACACAAGAAUGACAGAUACUGAGAUAUUUGAAAAGAGAUAUCCUGUAUUAUUGCAUGAAUUCUCGGUAAGGAAAAAUUCUGGAGGUGAAGGUUUACAUAAAGGUGGUGAUGGUGUCAUUAGAGAUAUUGAAUUUCUAUACCCAUUAGAGGUUUCAUGUUUGAUGGAAAGAAGAAGUUUGGCUCCAUACGGAUUAUUAGGUGGUAAAGAAGGUAAAAGAGGUGUUAAUUACUGGUAUUAUAAUGAUUCUAACGAUGAAAACAAAGUACAGAAAAGAAAGUCAAUAGGUGGAAAAUGCACUGUUAAGGUACAAAAGGGAGACAGAAUUGUAAUUUGUACCCCUGGUGGUGGAGGAUUUGGCGAUAAGAGUGAGGAAUUGAAAAAAUCAGGUGCUACUAGAUCUGUCAAUUAUCCAAUAGAAAGUACCAAACCUUCGAAACUAACAGGUUCAGUCGGUAUGAGAUCGAUUAUACAAGACACCAAUUAA